GAGAAAACAGAGGAAAUUCACUUCACAUGCAGCAGUCAUGGAGCCACAGCAGAUCAGAGAGGGCUACUUGGUGAAAAAGACACCACAAGGCUCAAUGUGGUUGUCUCCUAUCUCCCCUUGUCUCGCAUCCGGCUCAUUGCAGGGUACGCUACUCAACACAUGGAAAGUAGUGUGGGUCGUGCUCGCCGAAGACGGAGUGGAGUUCUACAAAAAGAAAACUGACCAAUCUCCUAAAGGGAUGAUCCCUCUGAAGGGGGCCACACUUAUCAGUCCAUGUCAGGACUUUGGCAAGCGAACGCAAGUGUUCAAGGUCACCACGGAGAAGAAACAGGAUCAUUUCUUUCAAGCGUCGCACGUGGAAGAGAGAGAGGUUUGGGUCAAGGACAUCAAGAGAACUAUCACCUGUCUGGGCGCAGGGAAAAAGUUUGCGAGAAGGUCAACAAGAAGAUCCAUCCGUCUUCCUGACACCAUCAACCUGACGGAGCUGUACUCACUCAUGAGAGACCAGGAUGACGGCAUUAAAGAACUAAAACUGGAGCAAGAGAACCAUGUCUUCAACUAUUGCUUCACCGGCGCAACAGUGGUGGAGUGGCUCAUAUCCAAAGAGAAAGCAAGGAACACAGUCGAGGCCCUGAUGUUGGCAACUGGACUGAUGAAUGAGGGGUACCUCCUGCCGGCAGCUGACCUGUCCAAAGAAGCAGCGGAGAGUGGAGACAAAUCCGUCUUCCUCGAUCAGACAGAUGCCUUCUACUACUUUGCAGACAGCGGUUUCUUCUGUGAAGGCUACUCCAGCGACGAAGACGUUCUCAUCAAGGAAGAAUUUAGAGGGAACAUCGUGAAGCAAGGCUGUUUGCUCAAGCAGGGCCACCGAAUAAAAAACUGGAAAGUCAGGAAGUUCAUCUUAAGAGACGACCCUGCUUUUAUGCAUUACUACGAUCCAACAAAGGACGAAGACCCUUUGGGAUCCAUCCAUCUGCGUGGCUCGGUCAUUACAGCGGUCGACUUUGUUCCUGAUGCCAAAAGAUACGACAUUGAGGGAAACCUCUUUGAAAUUAUCACCUCAGAUGAUACCCACUAUUUCCUGCAAGCAGCAACUGCAGAGGAGCGGAAAGAAUGGAUCCAAGCCAUGCAGGACGUCUCCAAAUCUGGAAAAUAACGAAUAGCGAAUAAUCCCCAUCGACAAUGUUGAAGAUUUACUGAUGAAAAUUUGGACCCAAUUUAUUGGAGGAUGUACUUUCUUUGGUAAUUUUGAGGCAAUGUUGACACUGCAGUAACUUGUAGUGCUAGCUUUCUGGCCGCCCAAACCUACCCCAAAAAUAUAGCCGUGUAUUGUGUUUAUAGUCAUCCACCUGUGUUGUUUUGUAUCGGUAUGGCCAAAGGUAAAUGCAAAUUCACAUUCCUGCUUGUGACGCUCAGCUCUGGAUUAUAUCCUGACCUGCAACGAUGAUGAAAAUCAAAUAAAUAUAUUCAUUAAUUUGAGGCAGAUUCCAAUGAUGAAAACAGUCAACAGUACCUGGUCAACAAAAGGAGUUGUCAGAAGUGGGAUUCAACCCCACACCUCCAGGAGAGACUGCGACCUGAACGCCGCGCCUUAGACCACUCGGCCAUCCUGACUAAUAAUAGCCUCUUCUUGUGACCCCUCCCUCUUUUCUGCCAGCAUGUGUGAGCUAAAAAGUUAUAAAAAUGCCCAUCAUCAUAGCCCAUGAUAAUGACCGAGGCUGCGGAACUGAAGUUGCAUAUUACGGCCAGAUUAAUGAAGAAUGGACGGUUACAGAUUGGAGGAAGAGUUUACUAAAAAUUAGUGUUGCCCUGCUUCUCCAUCGCUUCUUGGUUGCCAGCAUUGUGUUUGCAGAAGCGGGGGUUGCUCUGCAGGUUUAAAAAAUAUCCAGGCGGAACACUGGAAUCACAUGUUAGUAUAUUGCAGUAGAGCCUUAUAUUUUGUCCAUAUGAACGCAACACCACAUUUCGUCUCAUCUAAACUUGUAGUUGUGUCACAUCGUGAAUGGUAUCAUAGUCAUUGGAGUGUUGGAAUAGCAAUUGGUGUUCGAUCGAAACAGUCACCAGUACGUUUCAGCUUUAUCAAUGUCUUUAAUGGUUCUAGUUGUCAAGUUAAGGUGCCCUUACGGUUUAUGUAGCUAACGUUUUGUUGCAUACCACUGACGAAAUUCAGUGUUUGCAUUUUUUUUUUCAGCUGUGUCGUGUGACAUCAGUAAAUAUCAUGUAUGAAGUAAAGCUGUCGGGUUAAGGUGUCGUUACGUUUUACACCGCGGUCAAGCCUGCACCCAGCCGGGUCCCAGAAUUCAAUCUUGCGCGUAUAUACUGGUAGUUACGGUAAAGCCAUCUCCAUCAGUGUCCUCAUAGAAAACUUCAAAAUAAAGGCACUUAGAUGGAUUUUAAAGUACUGCUCUUCCAUAAGACAUUGAUAUUUGAUAUUUACUUAAUAUUUCAGAGCCACCAAAUAAAGAACUGGAGGUACAUUCAAUAUUUUUGUUUCCUUAUUUGUGACAAUACAAAAUGGCUGACAUAAGUAAAUGAAAGCAUUUUAAUCAAUGAAUGUUUGAGAAUACUUGCUCUUUUUUGGUAAUAUUUGAAUUCUGUUUUGACCAUAAAAUGUACGAUACCUGGUGUCAUUGGUUACUGAAGUCUGACCCCACACUGACUAUUAAUAUUCUGUUGAAUAUUUAUAUUUCACAUGCAAAUGACUAGAAGAAGAAUGUUUAUCAAUCACCAUAUUAUUUUGUAAUGUAACGAUUUUGUAACGAUUUGAAACACAUUUGUUUCAAAUUUAAAAAAUUCAAACGACUGGAUGAUCUCGUGAUCCAAUAUCAGACAGCACAUACUGGCCAGCUGAGGGAAUAUGAGCACAGCAAAAAAAAGUUCUUCAAAGAAAGGUUCAUUGCUUAUUGAAUUCUCUGCAAUAAAAAGAAAAUUAUUUGAAAGCUUAGUAUUUCUUGUUUUUGUAUGAAGAAGGCUCCUGUGACCAGCAUAAUACUAAAAGAAACUCAUCACAAUGAUUUGUCUGUCUGUGUUUUCUAGAAAUUCCGAGUGACUGUUGAGAAAUGGAAGAAGACUGAUAAGAAAAAGAGCAGGACACAUGUAAGCCAGCGCUCCAAGUGACACUCUGCUAAGGUGCAUGUUGCAUGUAUUAAAAAGUCACUUUGAAAGAAACCACAAGACAGUUCUUAAAAUGCAGUAAUGCCAAUGUUGUAUUGACUUUUCAGUAACUGUACAGUUUCUUUUCAUAAUGUUUGGGAUCAUGCUUGUGUCAUUCUUCCUCGAAAUCUCACGCUUUAUGUCCACUACACA